UUGGUGUGAAAAUGUCCAGUGAGACAAUUGAUAAAAAAUCAACUCAAUGUUUAUGAUAAAUUCACGGUGUAGAAGAAAUGGCGCGCCGGCGAAGCAGCGGGAUUACGAGCCUGGGUUUUAACCAGGAUCAAGCAGGCUGCUUCACUUGCUGCCUAACAUCCGGCUUGCGCGUUUACAACAUCGAUCCUCUUGUGGAGAAGACGCAUUACAGCAGAGAAGAUCUGGGCGAGGUGGCGCUAUGCGAGAUGGUGUUCCGCAGCAACUGGCUGCUGGUUGUAAAGGCGCGCAGGCCCUGUAGCCUCAUGCUGUUGGACGAUCAGCGGAGGAAGUUCUGCUCUGAGGUCCUCUUCAAGUCACCUAUUAGGGCUCUGUGCGCCAGAAGAGACAAAGUGGCUGUGGUACUCCAAUCAUCCAUCCAAGUCUUAUGCCUGCCGUCGCUGCAGCGCGUGGCACUUCUUCGGACGCCGACAAACUCGCGCCCUCUGUGCGCGCUCGCCACCGAACCCGGCGCCUUGCAGAUCCUAGCUGCGCCCGCGCAUCGGAAAGGAUCCUUACAACUUCUGAAACUGUUCCAGGAUGUAUCGCGGGCCGUCAAGGGGGCGCAGUCGAGCUCUCCUGCCGUCGUAGGAUGUCACCAGACUGAGCUAGUUUGCCUUAGUCUAUCGGCUAAUGGGGCUAAAUUGGCCACUGCGUCCGCGAGGGGAACCAUCAUCCGCCUUUGGGACACUGUUAGUAAACAGAUGCUGCACGAAUUGCGUCGAGGAUCUGACUAUGCGGACGUAUAUUGUAUAAACUUCAAUCCGUCGGGUUCGCUGGUUUGCUGCGUGUCGGACAAGGGCACUUUGCACGUGUGGUCGACGCGUGGGCAGCCGACGCACCUGGCCGCCGCUGCGCUUGCGCUGCCCUCGCAGGACAUCCGCGCCAUGUGCGCCUUCGCCGAUGACAACAAUGCCGUUGUGAUAUGCGACGAUGGAACUUUCCACAAAUUCACAUUCGCGGCUGAUAGAAACUACCAUCGCAACGAUUUCGAAUACUUCUUGCAGGUGGGCGAUGACGACGAAUUUCUACAGUGAUUUUUUUUAUUGACUGAUACAGUAGCAAUGUGACUGUGAAACCAUGUGAUGGCAACAGUACCAACGUAACAUAAAAUAAUGCCGAUUCAUAUAAAAAGUGAGCAAAUAUAAAUUACAAGAAACCUCGCUUAAAAACGUGUUAAAAAAGUGCAUAAUGUGAGUACGUUUGCCCUUUUAUAGGAAUUCAAUUUCACAUUUUUGCAUGUGACAAAAGUUGAUAAGUAUGUUGGGUCGUUUAUGAAAUAAGGGCGUUGGGCCAUGAAUCUUAAUGUGAAUAACCACAUGCCUGCGCUCGCGCAAUCGUUAAUUCAUGACGCCCAUUAUCUACCAAAGUGGAACCAAUAGAUUAAUCAUUUUGUUAUUUUGCUUAAUCAACGGCGUAAAGAUGAGAAAAUAACGAACUUGAUUAUUUACCUACUCACAUACAGCACAUCUUUGUUUCGUUAUGGUAGAUCAUGGAGCUGGUACCUGAUUUGCUUAUUGCCCAGUUUUUGGUAGUAGCUAAAAAAAUAUCGAAGCAAUUUUUUUUCGCAACACAUCGAUAUUUUUUGUUUUUACUUUUAAUACGCACAUCACGACGGUGUUCCGUAGGUCUUAGGGCGAGCGAGACAGCGAUAUUGACAUGAUCUUAUGGCCCAACGCCUCACGGUCCAAGUAGAGUAUUCAAAUAUUAUUAGAAACUCGCUAGUCCGUUACAAAAUUUACAAAGUGUUAAAACUGAAAAUUAUUAUGUAAUGGCAAUAUAUUACUAAUAAUAUUAGAAUAUAAUUUAUUUAGAAUUUAUAAUACUCUUUGUGGGUAAUACAAAAUGGUAAGUGAUAUUUUUAUUUAGUCAUAUAUAAAAACGUACGGCCCUUUAUAGUCCAUUUAUAUUACGAAUAAUGUAGGUUUAUUAAUUACCCCACCCUAUCCUAUUCUAUUGGGUAUUUGGCAAGAAAGUCGAAAAGUAAAUAAUUUUAUUUCAAUUUUGAAUUUAAAAAAAACUUAAAUUUAUAGUGAAAUGUGUAAGAAAACAGAAAUAUGUUGAAGAAAAAAACAAGCAUUCAGAAAUUACAAGUUAAUAGUAUAACAUUUUUAUUUAAAAAAACCGACCUCCAAUUUACUAAGUUUUAUGUCAAUAAUCAACAUCGGUUAACGGAAAAUGGUGAAAUCCAAUAAACAGGAGUCUUCCCCUAAUUUGCCAUUCUUAGAGGUGGAAUAUGUUCUUUAAAUUUGAAUGGGACCCCUACCCCAUUUUCCAAUAAAAAAGACUCAUCGAAAUCGGUUCACAAAAUGUCGGAAUAAUCGCGCAACGUACACAAAAAAUCACCAAUCGAAUUGAAACCUCCUUUUUUGUAGUGGGUUAAAAACUGCAAUAUUUGUUGUGUGACGUCAAUUUUUAGUGGCGUCAUACAAGUUACAUACCAAGGGCGUUUUUGUUGAAGACCAUUAUUACAUUGAGACGUCGAAAAACGAACUUCAUCUCUGCCUCAGAGUGUUUAUGUGACUUGAUUCAUGGAAUUAAAAGUAGGUGUCAAAUACCCUAUUGCCAUUGCUAUCUCUGUGAAUACAACCACGUGAUUGUUAGUUUGAGGUUUUGUACUGCUUUCGAAUGCGAAGAUAAGGUGUAGGUUAGUAAGAAGCUGAAGGAUUUUUUAACCUUUUUUUACUUGUAAUUUUGGAACGCGCACGGACUGGACCUCAUGAUGAACUGGUUUCUUAACAACUCAUUGAACAGUUUAAGACUCUCGAAGCAGACGCUUCCAUUGAUAGGUGUCGUCUGAAACUGAUCAUGCCUUGAUUUGUUGAAGUAACCAGUCUAUCGUUAGACAAACGCGUGGUCGGGGAGUCCGCUUCUUCCAGCGUAGAGCCAUAGAAUUGAAAAGGUUCAAAAAUAUUUGCCAUCGUCAUCAAAAAAGAUUUUUUUUUCUACUGGCAACACGUAAUGUCAAAAGCUUAUACUGUUUCCUAAACGAUUUUAAAUAUAUUGUAUAUAUGAUGUUUUGCUUCAUGGAGACAUUAUUUUAUUUUUAAAAGUAAGUAAUACUGUAUUAAAAUACUUAAAAAGUUGCUUGCCUCGUCUUGGAAUCGAACCAAUCAUAUUCGCAGGUUCAAAUUAUAAGUAUUAAUUCCUUGUAAGAUAAUAUUAUAAUUUAAAGGAGCCUCGUUCAAUUAUGCAAUGUAUUAAAAAAAAGAAACAAACUUGAAACUACCAAUGUAUGUAGGAUAUUUAUCCAUUUUUUGUAUCGAAAUUAAAUAAAAUCUUUUUAUGAUGGAUAUUCAAAAUAAUACGCUUCACGUCUGUUAUUAUAUCAACAGUUACACACACACACAGUACACAUUAUAAUUAAUUUCCCUAAACUUAAAUGUACAAUUUCACUGUAUUCCUUUAAUUUAAGACACUAUGUUACUUUGACUCUUUCGAUCGGCAUCAUAAAAAUACAGGGUGUUUUUUUACUGCACAAUUGGUCGUUACAUUCCUAGAUGAGGCUAGCAACUUUUUAAAGUCUAUGAAUGCAGUAUUACUUUCUUUACAAAUAGAACUACGUCUCCAUUAAGCAAAAUAACCUAUCCGGAUUAAUUUAAGUACUUUCCCGCCGUGUCCCGUAGCCGUGAGACGCCUUGUAUACUCGUAGAUCAACCACUUUAUACAUCGCCACGCCAGUCGAUGUUCAGCCGCAUUGUUUCGGCUCUUACAAUUUAUGACAAUCACGAUCCGGUUGAAUUCUCGGCAGAGGUGGCGCCAGCCAAUAGAUCUAGAUCUGUAGAUGAUCAAUGUUGUCUUUGUCGAUCUGUAACUGAGUCCCUAUCUUGCAUUCGAACAAUUUUAGACUUAGUCAGUCGAGUUUGUCUUUUUUGUAUCACUCCAAACAGCGAUUUGCGAUCUUUAUCACGCAAAUAAUUACUUAUGAAAUUCUGGUCAAUUUUAUUAAAGCAUAAUUUGUAUUUGAAUUUGAAAAUAUUAUAAAGAGGAAAAAUAAGAGAAAAUUUGUAUCGAAAGCACAACGAGGGCACCAAAAGUGUAUAAUUAGUGUAAAUGUAUUCUCCAGUCGGUUUUUUCGAAUAUUUGAACUUUCGGUAGGUUAUACAGAGUGGCCGGUUAGCUUUAAAAAUUGUUUUCUUGUGUGAAGCAAGUGUCAACUUGUAUUUGGAAUCUUCCUCUUAAGAUUGAUGACAAUUAGUUCUUUAUGAAAUUUUGUGUAGUGUGUUCUACCGGUUUGACCUACUGCCUCUCAAAUAGAGGGUCGUGGGUUCGAAUCCGGGUUCGCACCUAUAAGUUUCUCAGAGUUUAUGUGCGAAAUUUAAUUUGAAAUUUAUCAUGAUCUUUUCGGUGAAGGAAAACAUCGUGAUCGUUGAAAAAGGUUCACAACCCUCGAAAAGCAUGUGCGUCCCCAACCUGGAUAGGGCCCGCGUGGCCGGACUAUGGUCUAAAUCCUCGUCAGAAAGGAGACCCGUGCCCAGCAGCGGGACGUAUAAAAGAAAAGGGUUGACGAUGAUGAAAUUUUGUCUCAAGUAGUGGAAGAGUCAUUAAAAAUUACCGUCGACAUGGUUGAUACCAAAGUUCC